CUGUUGGUGAGCACAGAUGCUCCUCCUCCUCCCUCCUCCUCCCUCCUCUUCCUCUGCGGGGCACUGAUCACCCCUCAUACCUCACGCAGCUCAGCCAGCAGCGUCGGUCCAGGCGGAUGUGCGGAUUCUCCCCCAGACUCUCUCAUGAUGCACGCCGAGGGUCGCUCGUUUCCGCCCGGCUGCUCGCCGUCCUUUCGGCCGCGUGUGUGAUCGGACUGCCCGUGGAUGCGUGACAGGAGCCGAGCCGGCUCUGACUGGGAGACUGCACCCACAUGUCAGACGGAGGGUUAACUGAGGCCAGUCAACCUGAAUUUUGUCAACACCUACGGCAGACAGACCUGUAACAGAAGCACACGAUGCCUGAGAGCGCCGUACCGACAGGAGCUGCCUGACUGGUCUCGCUCCACUACGAUGGUUUUAAAUUCCUGAGAAUCCUCUUGUUUGGACAUUUUUUACUUCCUUGAAGAGCGUUUGAUUCAUCGAUGGGUUCCCGCAGCCACGGUUUCUUCCACCACCACCACCACCACCGGAGUUCUGUGGUGCCCGCAACAGUCCCCAGGCUUCUCCAGGAGAAUGGCAACCUCCUGGGAGGGAUCGCUCAGAUCACUCCCAACCUCUUCCUCAGCAGAGGAAACGUUGCAUCCAACCGCAGCCUGCUGCUGUCCAAAGGCAUCACCUGUGUGGUCAACGCCACCAUUGAGCUUCCUAACUUUAACUGGCCUCACAUGGAGUAUGUGAAGGUCCCGCUGGCAGACAUGCCGCACUCGCCCAUCUCCUUGUACUUCGACAGCGUGGCCGAUAAGAUCCACAGCGUUGGACGCAAACGAGGGGCGGUGCUAGUGCAUUGUGCGGCGGGAGUGAGCCGCUCCGCUUCGCUGUGCCUGGCGUACCUCAUGAAGUACCACCGCGUGUCUCUGGCUGAGGCCCACGCCUGGGUUAAGGCCCGCCGGCCCGUCAUCAGGCCCAACGGCGGUUUCUGGCGCCAGCUCAUAGAGUACGAGAGGAAGCUGUUCGGCAGAAACUCUGUCAAGAUGGUCCAGACGCCAUAUGGGGUCAUACCGGACGUUUACGACAGAGACCGCAGGAGCCUGGCUCCAUACUGGGGCCUGUGAGAGCCUGAGCAAACCGCCCAAAGUCACAGUGAGGAGAAACGAGUGGUGUAGCUGUACAUGUGUGAGACUUACUAACUAAACACUAGUGUGUUUGGAUCAGUGGAGUUUAACCAAACACCCAGUGCCUCUGUUUAUUGUUUGAGUAGGAGUAAAGCAACUUCAGAAACAGAAUCCUGUGGACCAGAUAUGACCAAACGAUGGCGAACUAAAGAAAAAAAAAUCUAAAGUGUGAAGACGGGGCUUUCUGUCUGUCGGUCUGUCUUUGGCGCGCCAGUGGAGGCGAUGACUCCAUGAAGGUGUUUGUUGUGAUUCUGCAGCUCUGACAUUGAUGUCCGUUUCCUGGCGUGGUGUCCCGUGCUAGUAUCGUGUCGCAGUUCUAUUCAGUGUGAGGAGCAGCAGCCUGCUCUCGAUUUACAGUAGCAUUACAGAAAAGUUAGCAGAAAAAUAUUAAACGGAAAAAUUGAAGGGAAAAGAUAAGAGUCCACUUUAAGUGAAGAUUUAAGAUGUUGCAUUUACCUUUAUUUUAAGGUGAAAUUGUGAAAAAUGCCAGCAAAGUUGAGCGAAAGCUCCUGUGUAGCACAGGGUUGACUGCUCUGUCCUGUGACCACAGUAUGUUGCUGUAGUGCUUUUUGAUCAUGUAUUAAAGACUAUAUCUGCUGCUUCAGAGAAGUGGUAGCUCUAUGAA